UUUGUCGGCUUGUUGAUUACCCACAUUAGGCUACAAAAAUAAUGUGCACUAAGGAGAGACACUUGUUUACACUUACUUACCUUAGGGUCAAUUUCAUAGUAAUGCUGCUGUGUUCUAAUCCAGCGAGACACCAAAUGAUCACGGACAGUGUAAGCCAGGGAAAAGUAGUAGUCCCUCGGAGUUGCAACAUUUCGGUCCUUCACAAGUGUGUAGUGAAGAUGUCUGUUGAAUGAUUUCUUGAUAGUUGCAACAUUCUCAACAGGGGCGAUUCCUCUGAUACUAAUUUGCCUACGCCUAUCAGCAUCUUGCUGUGGUUUGGCCAUCUUGUAAAGGAAAAAAUAGCUAUUAGCUACCAACGGAGAGAAGAAGUUCCUGGCCGGCUGAUCUCAAUACCACCGCUUCACACUCAAGGCCAGUCAGCAGGCUGAAGGAUUCUGAGUUGAGGGGGUUCAACUGUAUCGUCACCUUGGCCUUCAAGAAAGAUAAAGUGCUGCUUCAGGGCAUUGAUGUUGGCAGUGAGGGAGAUUCUGACAUGGAUGUAGUCCCGGAUGGAGAUGACAUAGAUUCUGCUGAGAUUUCAAGCUUUCUAGACAAACUUGGAGUGGUGAAACACCGACCGUUUCCUGCUGGCAGUGAGAAAGAGAAGAAAGGAGCAGCUGGAUCAAGUAAAGCCAAUGGAGAGACUGAAAAGCUUCCUAAGACUCCAAAGCAAAAUGAUGCUGCUAGCAACAAGAAGAUUCCUACUUCAGAAAAAAAUGGCAUGAAGAGUCCAGUGGUUAAAAGCUCUGCCUCAUCUUUGAAGUACUUACAAGCAUACAAAUCAAGAAAGUACUUGUUGCUGAAGACAGGAGAAAUGUGGAGAGAAGAACAGCCUUCCCAGGUUACAAGUCUUCCAGAUGCAAAAUUAGUCAGUGAGGCUGAAAAGUUAGCCCAAAGGCUACUGACUGAUGAGAUCUCCCUUUACACCAAACAGCGAGAGAGUUCCAAGAGGUCCGAGGCCCACUGGCUGAAGACUGUCCUCUCAUCUGGCACCCUCACCGACAAAAUGGCGGCCCUGACUCUGCUGGUUCAGGAGUCGCCCUUGCACAAUUUAGGCAGUGUGGACACUUUGGGCACUAUGUCAGGGAAGAAGGGCAGGAGAGAGUCCAUGAUGGCUGUUGAUACUUUACGUGAUUUGUUUUUGACGGGCUUGUUGCCAGAUGACAGGAAACUGAGGCCAUUUGAACAGAAUCCAUUGAGUGAACUGAGUGAAAUCACCAGCAAUAACAUAGACCAGAGGGACAAACUGUUGCUCAUGUGGCACUUUGAGGCUCUGCUAAAGAAGAAAUACGCCCAGUUCAUCAAAACUCUUGGGGACUUGUCUUUUGAUACAUUACAAGCCACAAAAGAAAAAGCAGUAGCUACAAUUCAUGUGUUACUGUCCAGCAAACCAGAGCAAGAAAAUGUCCUACUACCAAUGUUGGUAAACAAACUAGGAGAUCCUGCUAUCAAGUCCAAGACGAUGUAUCUGCUGACAAAAUUGGUGGAGGAACACCCAAACAUGAUACAGGUCAUUGUGCGUGAGGUGAAGCAACUGCUACACAGAGCCAAUGUCUCCUCGCGAGCACAGUACUACGCCAUCUGCUUCCUGAGUCAACUGAGGCUGAAUCAGAGCCGAUCUGCCUUGGCCUCGGAACUCAUCAGCAUCUAUUUCUACUUUUUCCAGAUGUACCUUCAGAAAGGUGAGGUGGACAACAAAAUGAUGAGUGCCCUGCUGACUGGAGUGAAUCGAGCUUAUGUCUUUGCCAAAGGUGAAAAAGAGGAGUUGUCCCAGCAGAUGAAUGCCGUGUACCGCAUCAUCCCACAGGUGGGCUUCCACACCGGGGUACAGGCCCUCAUGCUGCUCUACCAGGUCACGGACAGCAGCACCAGUGUGUCCGACAGGUACUACAUGAGCCUGUACCGUAAACUCGGAGACCCAGCCCUGAAAAACUCCUCCAAGCAAGCCAUCUUCAUGAACCUGCUGUUCAAAAGUCUGAAGAGGGACCUGGUGGACAGGAGGAUUAAGGCUUUCAUCAAGAGAAUCCUCCAGGUGUACUCACAGCAGCCCCCACAGGUCAUCUGCGGUGUCCUCAUCCUUCUCUCACAGAUCUUGAAAGAAAAACCUGGUCUCAUAGAUUUCAAGCACAUAGCAAAGGGUGUUUGGGAGGAUGAGGAUGAUGAGGAGGAAAAGUUUGUAGAUCUUCCAGCCCCGGAUGAGGAGGAAGCAGUUGUGAAUGGAACAGGGGAGACGAACAAGGAGAAUGGAGAGGAAGAGGAAAGCAAGGGAGAAGCAGAUGAUGGACAGACACAGCAGAAAGACAAAGAGAAACAGCAGGGGCCAAGCUCUUGGAUUCAUCGAGUCAAUUAUGGUGGUAAAGGUCGCUCAGCCGACUAUGACCCCCUGAACAGGAACCCGCUGUACUGCCGGGCGGAGACCGAGUGUGUGUGGGAGCUGCAGCAGCUGAACCGUCACUACCAUCCCUCGGUCCGCCUGUAUUCCGACAUGAUGCUCAGGGGGGAGACCAUUAAGUAUGAUGGCGAUCCACUGAAGGACUUCACUCUCAUCCGAUUUCUGGAUAGAUUUGUUUAUAAAAACCCAAAGAAGAACUUGGAACAAACAAGCAAUGCUUUUAAACAGUUCAAGAAGGUCCGACCGUCAGGAGUGAGGGCUGUGCCGGUCAACUCUGAAGACUUCCUCAAAAUGGAGGAGAAAGAUGUGGCAGAGGAGGAUAAAUUCUUCCACAGGUACUUCAUCGAACGGGCCAGAAGGAAAAAGGAUGCCGGUGAUGAUGGCAGUGAUGCUGGCAGUGUCUCUGAUACUGAGUUUGACGCUUUUCUCAGUGGCUUUGAGAGAGAGGCAGAUAUUGGGGACUUUGGUGAUCUGGAUCUAGACUUUGCCAGCGACAAAAAAAUGUCGAAAUCUAAAAAAGGCAAAGAAGAAGUGGAAGAAGAAUCAGAAGACAGUGAUGAGUAUGAUGAAGAUGAUGACGAUGAAGAAAUGGAUGUUGGUGAUGAUGAGCUGGCAGCAGAGUUUGAGAAGGAGAUGGCUGGUUUAGCUGCUGGCAAUGAUGGUGAUGAUGAUGAUGACGUGGAUUCUGAUGACGAUGUUGGAUUUGACGGGUUUGGAGCAGAUGAGGAUGGCAUCGGAGCUGGGGAUGAUGAUGAGGAAUUUUCUCCCGACGAAGAUGAUGAACUGAAAAUGAUGAUGAUGAAGCCAAGUGGAGGCAAACGCAAGCGAGUUCUUGAUUUAGAACCUAUGGGCAGUACAAAGAAAAAGAAGAAAGGCAAAGGCAUGGAGUCCCUGUUUGCUUCUGCGGAGGAGUUUGCCCACCUCCUGGAGGAAGACGCAGAGCUUGGGAACGUGUCUCUGGGCGGAGCUGAUGAUGUCCGGAACAAGGACAAGUCAGGUGUCAAGCAGCUCAAGUGGGAGGCGCGCCAAGAGCGGGGACCACAGGGCAAGAAACGACACGCUGGUGGGGGUUUUGGUGGGAAAAAGGGCAGCAGGAAGCCAGGUUUCCGACACGGUGGUGCCGGUGCUGCCAGGGGAGGAGGGAAGCCUCGUCAAAAGCCCGGCAAGGGCAGAAAAGCAAGAUAAUAUAUCAUGUAUUGAUUU